UAUUUCAUUCUUGUUGCUGCUCCCGCCCCGGUAACUUCUCCAAAACCUCACUAGUUUUAGUGUCAUUUACACAACCCCCAUUUAGAAAAAUCUUGCACAAGUGUCAGUUUAGUUCAUUUUCUUUUGCCUGUCAAUAUUUUAUCCGUCAAUAUGUUGUCUGCACACUCACCGGAAUCAACUAAAAACCUCGCAAAGAAUUUACAAAACUUGAGAGUCAACGACCAAGAAAACCAGCCGCCAAAUGGAUUGAAAUCGAGACCAGCUCUUGGGGACUCAACAAACCUAAAAAAGAAUAUUAUUCCCACAACAACUAAACCAAAGAAAGUAGAAACAAAGAAAGAAUUAACACCAGAAGAACAAAUGAAGGAAGAUGUAAAGCGAUUUCAGAAAGAACAACAGCAACUUAUACAAGAUGAGCCGCUCCUACGAGAUAACCCUCAUAGGUUCGUCAUCUUCCCAAUCCAGUACCAGGACAUUUGGGCUAUGUACAAGAAAGCUGAAGCUUCCUUCUGGACUGUAGAGGAAGUGGAUCUCUCUAAGGAUAAACCAGACUGGGAGGAUAAGCUGAAGCCUGAUGAGAAGCACUUCAUCUCCCACGUCUUGGCUUUCUUCGCGGCCAGCGACGGCAUCGUCAACGAGAACCUGGUCGAGAGGUUCAGUCAGGAAGUACAGAUCCCGGAGGCUCGAUGCUUCUAUGGCUUUCAGAUUGCCAUCGAGAAUAUCCACUCAGAGAUGUACAGUCUACUCAUAGAUACAUACGUCAAAGACCCAGAAAAAAGGGAAUUCCUCUUCAAUGCCAUCGAGACGUUACCCUGUGUCAAGCAGAAGGCCGACUGGGCUUUGAACUGGAUCGGAUCCGACACGACCACGUACGGCGAGAGAGUCGUGGCUUUCGCCGCUGUGGAAGGCAUCUUCUUCUCUGGGUCGUUUGCGUCGAUAUUCUGGUUGAAGAAAAGGGGUCUCAUGCCUGGAUUGACGUUCUCUAAUGAGCUCAUCAGCAGAGAUGAGGGUCUCCACUGCGACUUUGCUUGUCUGAUGUUCAACCAUCUCGUCCACAAACCCUCGGAGGAGCGUAUCAAGUCGAUCAUCGCGGAGGCAGUCAAGAUUGAGCAGGAGUUCCUUACGGACGCCCUCCCGUGCUCCCUCAUCGGAAUGAACGCUAAACUAAUGAAGCAAUACAUCGAGUUUGUUGCCGACAGACUACUCCUUGAACUGAAAUGCACCAAGGUCUGGAAUGUAGAGAAUCCUUUUGACUUCAUGGAGAACAUCUCGCUAGAAGGCAAGACGAACUUCUUCGAGAAGAGAGUCGGAGAGUACCAGAAGUCGGGUGUCAUGGCCGCCAAAGAGGACUCCAUGUUUACUUUGGACGCAGAUUUCUAAACGGCACUAGUAUCUAGAACAAUUUUAUAAGGAUGGCCGACGCUCAAAGUUAUAUGUGCGAUCCUCCACGCUCGCACAUUGGAUUGAAAAAGCUUCUGAAGAUGGACGAAAAUGGUUAUCUCGAACAUGGUGCUAUAAUUGAGUUUUAACCACGUGUUUUAAGAUAUUCUUCUCCAGGAAAACCAAAGGUUGACGAUCAGAGUUUUUACUGUCCCCUUCCCCCCCGUUAUAUUUUUAUCACCAGGGUAUUGGCAGGUUUUUUUGGAACAAAACUGGCCAUAGUUCUGCACAAUAAGGUAGAACAUUGCAAGAUUUAAAUGGGCCAAUGUAGGUUGAGUUUUCACCAAUACAGGGCAGCUUUGAUAAAAUUGCAAUUUUCUUAAAGAUACCGAAGGAAAUUUUUUAUUUGAGCACAACAGAAUUUUUUAACGUGUAUUUAUUAUUUGAAUUUGAAAGUUUAGUAGUAUUAUUCGAGCGUCGUCUUGUCUUGUCUUUUACCGUAAUAUUAACCUGUAAUUUAAAAAGUUUUUUUUCCCCGUCAUUAUUUAUCCUGUGACUUUUAAAUUGCCUAAACAGUAAUUACAUAACCAGCUUUCACUGCCAGUUUUUAUUUUGACUAACAAGUUUUUAAUUCAGCUUAAUAGAUUUCCAGUUGAUGGUUCAAUUAUUUCAGAUUGUUCCGUUACAUUGUGGGGUUGCAUGGCUGAACAAAAUUUCAUUCCGCAUGGAAUCAGAGAUUGUUUCUAUUUGGUCAAAUAAUUCCACUUUAGUAAUUUUAUCACUGGUAAUUUAAACAGACUGAACAAAAAGGGACCAAAAUGCUGUGUACAUGUACUAUGUUUUAUUCUAUUCUAUAAUUAUGAACAUUUAUUGUACAUUGUGUAGUUAUAAUUUUAUUUGUACUCUGUACUGGUAAUGCCGUAUGUGCCUUGACUUAAGUAGAUUUUUUUUUUUUCAAGUUUUAAGAAAAUUAUAGCUUAACUCGUAGGAUUUGAUCUGAAAUUUUUAAGAGUGAUCAGUUUUUAAGAAAAGUAAAGACAUCCCAAACAGUUAUUGUCCCCAAGUAUCUUUUUUGACAGUUAAACUGUUCCAGGGACCAGACAGUCCUGAAGGUCUUAUGUCGAGUGUGCUUAAAGGAAAACGUUGCCUUGGAUCGGUCGAGUUGGUCUUUGAAAAGCGUUCUGUAACCGUUUCUUAUAAAA